GGUGGGCAAACAUGUUAAAAAAAAAAAAAACUUCAGCAGUAACCUUUUCAUGUAAAAUUAAAGUAAUUGACAUUCAAAUCUGCACUUUUUUCCCUAAAAAUGACCCAGAGACCAUAGCCUGAAGAAAACAGAGAAGACGUCCACUCAUUUCUCCUUCAAGCUGAGCAUUUUUAGCAAUCUUUUACAUCCAGCAGAAUGAAUUGCUCUCAUUCAGCUCAGAGAUUUACAGACAUGUGAAGCGAAUCAAAGGGGAUACCAAAAAUCUGUAGGGGAGGAGGAACCGUACAGCCCCGCAUGGCAAAAAGACAGCUUGCAUAGAGUAAGCGGAGAGAGAGAGAGUGUGUGUGUAUGUCCACACACACACACACGGAGUCGAAGCGUGUGACCAGACUGGGGGGCGCUUGCUUCUGUUGCUCUCAGAACUGCACUUCUGUCUCUCGGUUGGAGUGUGUGUGUUUGAAUCAAGCACGCCAACAUGCUCUGUGGGCUACGGAGAGAAGUCAAGACCAGUUUUGAUGAUGGGCCGUACUCUAAGGGGAACAAGGACUCGACGGGGCCAGACAACUCGCUCACAUCCAGAAGACAAAGCAUCCCAGAACUGCGUGGGGUUACACUGGUUGAGCUGAUUAAGAAGGAGGGAAGUACUUUAGGUCUCACCAUCUCGGGCGGAACAGACAAGGACGGCAAACCACGCGUCUCCAAUCUGCGGCCGGGUGGACUGGCGGCUAGGAGCGAUCAGCUCAAUGUGGGCGACUACAUCAAGUCAGUCAAUGGGAUCAACCUGACCAAGCUGCGCCACGACGAGAUCAUCAGUCUGCUAAAAAACAUAGGCGAGCGCGUCGUGCUAGAAGUGGAGUAUGAACUGCCUUCACCUGCACCAGACAGUACCUCAGGUGUUAUUUCCAAGACAAUCGAGAUCUGUUUGCAGAAAGAGGGCAACAGUUUCGGCUUUGUUAUGCGAGGUGGAUCCCAUGAGGACUGGCACAAAUCUCGUCCUUUGGUGGUCACACAAGUCCGACCUGGUGGUCCUGCUGACAGGGAAGGGACCCUAAAAGCAGGUGAUCGGAUCUUAAGUGUGGAUGGUGUGGUUUUACACAGUGCCACUCUGAGCGAUGCUCUUACAGUACUGACUCAGUCUGGCCAGGAGGCCCUGUUCCAGAUCGAAUACGAUGUCUCCAUCAUGGACUCGGUGACAAACGCUUCAGGUCCUCUGCUGGUGGAGAUUGCCAAGGCUCCUGGAGCCAGUCUGGGAAUCACUCUGACCACUGCCAUGCACAGAAACAAACAGGCCAUCGUCAUCGACAAGAUCAAGCCCGCCAGUGUAGUGGACAGGUCCGGAGCGUUACACGUGGGUGAUCACAUCCUGUCUAUAGACGGCACCAGCACAGAGCACUGCUCCGUCCUGGAGGCCACGCAGCUACUGGCCAGCACUACUGAUCAGACCAAACUAGAGAUCCUCCCCGCACACCAAACACGCCUGCCCGGGAAACCCCAGGACACUGUGAAAAUUCAGAAAAGUGACCACCCACACUGUUGGGACCCCUGUGUGAACUACUGCCAUUCUCAACAUCCUGGUCACUGUAAGACAAUGACAUGGACCUCUGCUUCCAGUAACCCAUCUAGCUCUCAGGAUUACUGCAAAUCGGUAGUCUGCACUAACUUCUCUCCUGGGUCCACUACCACUUCAGGCAUGACCAGCCAGGGUUCGAACACGCUGCCCCGGGCCGCUCCUCCCAUGAGCCCACGGAACUCUAUGCUAAAGAGACGACAAAGGAAAAAAGAGCACAAAAGCUCCUCUGUAUCUUUAGCCUCAAGUUCUGUGGGCCCUGGUGGUCAGAUCGUCCACACCGAGUCCAGUGAGGUCACUCUGAGAGGAGACCCUCUAAAUGGGUUCGGGGUUCAGCUCCAAGGUGGAAUAUUUGCGACAGAGACCCUCUCUGCACCUCCUCUUAUCCGCUUCAUAGAACCGGACAGCUCGGCCGAAAGGUGUGGGCUUCUCCAGGUGGGAGACAGAGUCUUAUCCAUCAACGGAAUUCCUACAGAAGACGGAACGCUGGAAGAGGCCAAUCAGCUGCUCCGGGAUGCAGCUCUGGCCAAUAAGGUCACGCUAGAGAUUGAGUUUGAUGUAGCAGAAUCUGUUGUGCCUAGCAGUGGAACGUUCCAUGUGAAGCUGCAGAAGAAGAGAGGAGUGGAACUGGGCAUCACAAUCAGUGCCAGUAAGAAACCAGGAGAGCCUCUUAUCAUAUCUGACAUUAAAAAAGGCAGCAUGGCACACAGAACAGGAACUCUGGAGCCUGGAGACAAGCUGCUGGCCAUAGAUAACAUCCGUCUGGAGAACUGCUCCAUGGAGGACGCCGUCCAGAUCCUCCAGCAGAGCGAAGACCUGCUCAAACUCAAAAUCCGCAAGGACGAGGACAACUCAGACGAGCAGGAGUCGUCCGGCUCCAUCAUCUACACGGUGGAGCUGAAGCGCUACGGCGGCCCGCUGGGCAUCACCAUCUCCGGCACCGAGGAGCCCUUUGACCCCAUCAUCAUCUCAGGCCUGACCAAGAGGGGUCUCGCUGAGAGGACUGGAGCCAUUCACGUUGGCGAUCGUAUUCUGGCCAUCAACAGCGUCAGUCUGAAGGGGAAGCCGCUCAGUGAAGCCAUACACCUGCUGCAGAUGGCAGGAGAAACCGUCACCCUCAAGAUCAAGAAACUGACCGACACAGAUGAUAAGAACGAUCUGGAUAAUGAGCUCAGCGAUAACGAGGACGACAUGACCGACUCGCAGAAGACCAAUAAACUGUCGGACAUUUAUUCCACCACUAUCCCCAGCGUGGAUUCCGCCAUGGAGUCGUGGGACGGCUCGGGGAUCGACGGCGGUUACAGCAACCAAGGUGCCUACACCCAUCAGGCCGCUGGGAUUGCGCUACACCCUCACGAGUGGCGUAACAGCAAGCAGAGGAACAGCACGCCUCCACCGUCCCGCCGCAAGAACUACCCCUUCAGUGACGGAGGAUUCAGUGAGGACGACUGGGACAAAGCUGCCGGAUACAGCAGCCAACCGCAUGCCGACGGCCUCAUGAUGGAGCAGGAGGACAGUUUCUGGUGCCAGGCCCUGGAAGACCUGGAGACCUGCGGCCAGUCCGAGCUCCUGCGCGAGAUCGAGGCAUCGAUAAUGACCGGCAGUGCCCUGAGUUUGGGUGUGGAGGGUGGAAAGGCCCACGGCGAGACGGUCAACCAACCUCACCUCAGCCCUCUGAGAAAAGCCCCGCAUCUCCUCAACGAAACCAAGAACAAGAGCACGCUCCGUAUGUCCGAGAAGACCUGGGAGUCACGUAGGAUCAAAGAAGAGAUCCAGGACAUCCUGUCGCCCACACCGUUAGAGCUGCACAAGGUGACUGUGAUGAAAGACCCAGAGAGCGAUGACUUUGGAUUUAGCGUAUCGGAUGGUUUCUUGGAAAAGGGUGUUUACGUGAACAUGAUCAGACCUGAAGGUCCAGCGGACCGUGCUGGACUCAAACCCUACGACAGGAUCCUUCAGGUGAACCACGUGCGGACGCGAGAUUUCGACUGCUGCUUGGCUGUGCCCCUCAUCACAGAGGCCGGAGACAAGCUUGAGCUGGUGAUUAGCCGAAACCCAUUAGCACAGCCGGGUGUUGCUCAGCCCCACGACUGCCAUCCACACUUCAACCCCGUAGGCCAUUCCCGUGAGCACCAGACCAGCACGCUGGACCUGUGACCACUGGGUAACUCAGACUAUGACCACACCGGACCAUUUGUUACAAUCAGAAGAAGCCAUCAUUCACUGGUUUCAUUACAAAACUCAAGUAAACUGAAAUAUCCAGACUAUAAAGAGUGGUCGUGGAAACGAAACAACUAAAGAUUUGAGCCAGUUUUCAGUAC